UCCCAAAUAGAUGCAUUUGCCUCUUAUCUUCUUGCCUGUUCACAAAUCUCACAUCGACUAUCUGCUCCUCACAUUCAUUCUUUUCUGCCAUAACAUCAAAGCACCGUACAUUGCUGCAGGGAAUAACCUCAACAUCCCCAUCUUCAGCACAUUGAUCCGCAAGUUGGGAGGCUUUUUCAUUCGGAGGAGGUUGGAUGAAAACCCUCAUGGACGUAAAGAUGUCCUUUAUAGAGCUUUGCUGUAUGUGCACAUAGAGGAGUUGCUUAGACAGCAGCAGUUCUUAGAGAUAUUCCUGGAAGGGACGCGUUCUCGGAGUGGAAAAACAUCCUGUGCCAGAGCAGGUCUCUUAUCUGUGGUGGUAGAUGCUCUCUUUACAAAUGCCACCCCUGACAUACUAAUUAUACCUGUGGGAAUCUCCUAUGAUCGUAUCAUUGAAGGUCACUAUAACAAUGAACAGCUGGGGAAGCCGAAGAAGAACGAAAGCCUUUGGAGCAUAGCCAGAGGAGUCUUCAGAAUGCUGAGGAAGAAUUAUGGUUGUGUCAGAGUAGACUUUGCACAGCCAUUUUCCUUAAAAGAAUACCUAGACAGCCAAAGUCAAAAACCUAUGCCUGCCAUGCUAUCUUUGGAACAAGCUCUCUUACCAGCUAUACUUCCUUCACGGCCUAAUGAUGUUGUCGAUGAAGGUACAGAGGCAGCGCUGGGUGAUUCCAGGGAUUUAUCCAGUGAGCCCUUUAGAAGACAGUUGAUAGCCAACUUGGCUGAGCAUAUACUGUUCACUGCUAACAAGUCAUGUGCUGUGAUGUCAACACACAUAGUUGCCUGUUUGCUGCUCUACCGACAUAGGAAGGGAAUUGACCUUUCCAAGCUGGUGGAAGACUUCUUCUCUAUGAAGGAGGAGGUCUUGGCCCGUGACUUUGACUUGGGAUUUUCAGGAAAUUCUGAAGAUGUUGUCAUGCAUGCCAUCCACCUGUUGGGGAACUGUGUAAAUAUCACAAACACCAGCCAAAACAAUGAGUUCUUCAUCACUCCCAGCACAACUAUUCCUGCUGUCUUUGAACUCAACUUCUAUAGCAAUGGUGUACUGCAUGUCUUCAUCAAAGAGGCCAUUAUCGCCUGCAGUCUUCAUGCAGUGCAGAGUAAAAGGUAUAGAAAUGGCAUCAAUAACGUUCCUCCCAACAUGAUUAGCCAAGAACAACUGGUCCGCAAAGCUGCCAGCUUGUGCCACCUGCUUUCCAAUGAAGGGGCUAUAUCCUUGCCUUGUCAGAUGUUAUACCAAGUUUGCCACGAGGCAGUCGAAAGGUUUAUACAAUAUGGCAUUCUUUUGGUGGCAGAGCAAGAUGAUCAGGAGGAUAUUAGCCCUAGCCUUACAGAGCAGCAAUGGGUUAAAAAGCUUCCUGAGCCCUUGUCUUGGAGAAGUGAUGAGGAGGAUGAAGACAGUGACUUUGGAGAAGAACAGAGGGAUUGCUACCUGAAGGUGAACCAAUCCCAAGAACACCAGCAGUACAUCACCUUCCUGCAAAGGUUACUGGGACCUUUACUCGAGGCCUACAGCUCAGCUGCCAUCUUUAUGCACAACUUCAGUGGACCUGUGUCAGAAACAGAAUACCUUCAUAAGUUACACAAGUACCUAAUAACCAGGACAGAGAAGAGUGUUGCAGUGUAUGCUGAGAGUGCCACCUAUUGUCUUGUGAAAAAUGCAGUGAAGGUCUUUAAAGAUAUUGGGGUUUUCAAGGAGACAAAACAAAAGAAAGAGACUUUUUUGGAACUGAGCAGUACUUUUCUACCUCAGCGCAACCGGCAAAAACUACUGGAAUUCAUCCUGAGCUUCAUUGUAUUGUAGACCAUGUUUAGUACCUUUUGCCAGGGAGAUGAAAACAGGUUCUGAGAUUUGUGUCAAAACCUGAGGGCAUUUGCUAGUCCUUCAGAGUAUAAGGUGCCCUUGCUUGUUUGGUAAGGUCUUAUCUGAUUUGAACCACUGGAAGACAGUGCCUUUUUAUGUAUGCAUUUAUGGAUUUCUGAUGGUCCCAAUCAUGUGAUGAUACAGCAGGUAACACUUUGGAUGCAAGUGAUCAGUCAUGUUUGCAGCAAAAAAAAAAAAAAAAAUUAAAACUAGAUUUAAAAUGAAAACUGACAUUUUAUCAGAGUUACAUUUUACAUAAUUACUUUUAAAGACUAAUGACUGUGACAGGUGCACAAAUGCAGAUAUUAGUGAUUUAUAGCUAGCCCUGAGAUCUUGAAUUUAGCGGAAAAACACUGCUUAUGACGACAAAAAGUAACGUGAAAGCUGUUACUUCAGAAAAUUUGUCAUCUCAUUCCUAUCCGGUUUAUUGUUUAAAAUAAAUGGUUUAUAAAGAUAUGCAUGGAUAGUGCAUACUUUAUGGAAAAAGCCAUAGUUUUUCAUAAUUGUUAGCAUCUAGAAUGAAUGCCAAAAUCUUAAUGAGAAUAACAAUCAAUUGAGUAGCAAACUAGUGCUAUCGGGACUGCAUAAUGCAAUGGUAAAUUGCACUAAACACUGUUGUCAUGGUAGUAUGUGAUAGCACAGUUUUACUAGGGCUUGCUAUCCCUUACCCCUAAUAGAAAUAGGGAAUUAAUUUGCCUAAAACAUGAAUGUAUUCUAACCACUUACAUUUUGUAUCUAAUAAAAAAAAAGUUGUUUAGCUAA